UAUUAUAUUCCUUCAUUUUACUGGGCAAUAUACUGAAAACACAAAGAAAAUAACUCUGUGUAACACCAAAAAUAUAUAUGGAGAAACUCAAACUACAAAUAUAUUCAAUCCAAACACUAUGUUUACGCAAAAAAAAAUAUAAAUUUUCGUUACUUAUUUUCUUGUGUUCGAUAAUAUUUUUUUCGAAAACAUCAUGUUCAACUCUUUCAUUUAAUUUUUAUGGAUUAUCUUGUCCCUCAGCUGAAUUAAUGGUGAAAAAUACAGUAAGAUCAGCUUCUUCUAUGGAUCCAACUAUACCUGGGAAAUUGCUUCGUCUUCUUUUUCACGAUUGCUUUGUUGAGGGUUGUGAUGCAUCUAUAUUAUUAGAAGGAAAUGGAACAGAAAGAAGUGAUCCAGCAAACAAAUCACUUGGAGGAUUUUCAGUAAUAGAAAAUGCCAAAAGGGUUUUGGAAAUAUUUUGUCCUUUUACGGUUUCUUGUGCUGAUAUUGUUGCUUUGGCGGCUAGAGAUGCUGUUGAAUUUGCAGGAGGGCCAAAUGUUCAAAUUCCAACAGGAAGAAAAGAUGGAAGAAUUAGUUUGAUAACAAAUGUGAGACCAAACAUAGUGGACACAAGUUUCACAAUGGAUCAAAUGAUUAAUAUUUUUACUAUAAAGGGACUUUCUUUAGAUGAUCUUGUUAUCCUAUCAGGUGCACACACAAUAGGAUCAGCACAUUGCAAUGCAUUUAGUGAUCGUUUUAGAGUGGACACAAAUGGCAAUUUCACUCUAAUUGACCCUUCAUUAGACAAAGCAUAUGCAAUAGAGUUAACAAAACAAUGUCCAGCAGGGGCAGCAACUUCAACAAUUACAGUAAAAAAUGAUCCUCAAACACCUCAACUUUUUGACAAUCAAUAUUUCAAAGAUUUAAUACAACACAAGGGGCUUUUUCAAUCCGAUUCUGUUUUAUUUAACGACGUACGUACAAAGAAAAGAGUCGUUGAGUUUGCGAAUGAUCAAGACGGAUUUUUCAGGAGUUGGAGUCAAUCUUUCGUGAGACUUUCUGUGCUCGGAGUGAAGUCCGGAGAGGAUGGAGAGGUUAGAACUUCUUGUUCGGUUAUAAAUUAAUGUGUGGUAAUAUAAUGACGUACGAACAAAGGAAAGAGUCAUAGAGUUCGCAAAUGAUCAAGACGGAUUUUUCAAGAGUUGGGAGUCAAUCUUUUGUGAGACUUUCUAUGCUUGGAGUGAAGUCUGGAGAGGAUGAAGAGGUUAGAACUUCUUGUUCGGUUAUAAAUUAGUGCGUGACAAUACAGUGACGUAUGCAGAAUUUUAUUCGUGAGUUGGUUUCUAUUAUUAUAAUUUGGGCUUGUAAGUAAGGUUUGAGUUUGGAAUUUUAUAAAUUGUAUUAUUUUAAUUUCAAAAAGUGUCGACUUAUUUUAUGUAUUCAUAUUUUGUAAUAAGUUAAUUUAUUACAUUGUUGUUAUAUAUAAUUUUAAAUU